AUGAAAGUGUUCAUGGACAUGAAGCCGGGCGGCUCGCUGUGCACGGUGCUCGCCACCAUGUUCCGCUUCAAGUCGGAGCAGCGGUGGCGCAAGUUCGACUUCCAGGUCGGUAAGAACCCUUCGCGAAAGGACCUCAACGUGCAAAUGAUGAUGGAGAUAGAAUCUGCUCUAAUGAGCGCUGAGGUAAUACGUUCACCCUGCGUCUUCAUACGACCGGACGUCGAUAAGGCAACAGCUAACAAGGUCAAAGAUAUCGUCAGCAAUCACCAGGGGGAGAUUUGUGAUGAUGAAGAAGAUGCGACCCAUAUCAUCUACCCAACAGUAGACCCCCUCGAGGAGGAGUACGCUAGGCCCGUGUUCCGGCGAGGCAAUAACGUGCUGGUGCACUGGUACUAUCUGCCCGACAGCCACGACACAUGGUCUCAGACCGAAUUGCCUGUGGAAGUGCCCGAGUCAGCGAACUGGGAGUGUAGCCGUGCGGAACCGUGGCGCGUGACGGCCACGUGGGUGCUCGACCUGCCGCAGUACAACGAGUGGAUGAAUGAGGAGGACUACGAGGUCGACGCCGCCGGCAAGAAGAAGGUUCAUAAACUACGUCUUUCGGUUGACGAUCUAAUACCGGGUACAGAACCAUCGAGCAAGGCGAAGAAAAGUAAAAGAAAGCGUUCACCCUCUCCUCCGCCGCAGAAACACGGAAAAAGAAAGAGUCGCUCAUCAAAGCGUCGUGAUAACGAUGGCGAAGAUGAAGAGGACAAUGCUUCCAGAGACAACACUGAUACUGCACCUACUCCCGAAAUUGAACGACCUACGGACACACCGGCCGCGGCGCCAGUAGCGGCCGAGCCGGCGCCGGUGGCGGAGGCGCCCGCCACGCCCGCGCCCGCCAUGGACGUGCACGACGACUCGCAGGGCAAGCACAGCGACUCCAACACGCAGGAAAUGCUUACGAAAGAAGAGUUGGAGGACAAUGUGACAGAUCAAACGCAUCACAUCGUUGUUCCUUCUUACUCAGCCUGGUUCGAUUAUAACUCAAUCCACACGAUAGAGAAGCGUGCAUUACCAGAAUUUUUCAAUGGAAAAAACAAAUCGAAAACGCCUGAAAUAUAUCUUGCAUACAGGAACUUCAUGAUCGACACGUACCGGCUGAAUCCUACGGAGUACUUAACUAGUACGGCGUGCCGUCGCAACCUAGCGGGCGACGUGUGCGCCAUUAUGCGUGUCCAUGGCUUCCUUGAGCAGUGGGGACUCAUCAACUACCAGUUAGAGGCGGAGUCUCGACCGACAGCAAUGGGACCGCCGCCUACUUCGCACUUCCACGUGCUGUCCGACACACCUUCUGGACUUCAACCCCUGCAAUCUAGGCCUUCACAGCCAAGACCAGCAGAAAACGCGGCCGUGCCUAAAGUGGAGGCUGGGCUGCCGAACGGCACGGAGGCCGGGGCUCCAGCAGCUGCUGCCGCCGCAGCCGGCGCCGCGGCCGCCGCCCCGGCCGCGGCCCCCGGACCCGCCCCCGCGCCCGCGCCCACCGCCCCGCCCGCGCCCGCCGCAGCGCCAGCUCCGGCCGCACCGCCAGCGACCGUCAAGCAGGAGCCCACCAUCGACCUGGGCACAACGCCCGGACUCAAACUUGACCAGUACCGCGGCGGGACGCGCGGGCGCGAGUGGACGGAGCAGGAGACGCUGCUGCUGCUGGAGGCGCUGGAGCUGCACCGCGACGACUGGAACCGCGUCGCCGCGCACGUGGGCACGCGCACGCACGACGAGUGCAUCCUGCACUUCCUGCGCCUGCCCAUCGAGGAGCCCUACCUGCAGGACUCCGCCUCCGGUGGCGUACUAGGUCCUCUUGCCUAUCAGCCGAUACCCUUCAGCAAAGUCGGCAACCCAGUGAUGAGUACAGUGGCGUUUUUGGCGUCAGUUGUCGAUCCACGAAUAGCCUCUAAGGCUACCAGGGCUGCUAUGGAUGAAUUUGCUGCUAUCAAGGACGAGGUUCCGGCGGCCAUGAUGGAGGCGCACGUGAAGGCGGCGGGCGCACACGGGCCGGCCGCCGCUCUCGCUGCCACCGGCAUCGCUGGCACCGCGCCAGACGUCAAGCCGCCAGGUGAAAAGAAAGAAGAACCGUCGGAUGUGAAAACGGAACCAAUGGAGGUUGAAGAAAGCGAGGUGAAGGUGAAAGACGAGCCAUCUGACGCAACAUCCGCUGAUGAAGCUAAGGAUAGAAAGGAGACCGCGACGCCUCCUCCUGAGUGCGGUGCGGCUGCAGGCGGUGCUGCAGGCGGCGUGGCAGGCGGUGGCAGCGGUGGCAGCGGUGGCGCUGUGGAGGCGGGCGUGGCGGCGGCGGCGGCGGCGGCGCUGGCGGCGGCCGCGGUCAAGGCCAAGCACCUGGCCGGCGUCGAGGAGCGCAAGAUCAAGUCGCUCGUGGCGCUGCUGGUCGAGACGCAGAUGAAGAAGCUCGAGAUCAAGCUGCGCCACUUCGAGGAGCUCGAGGCCACCAUGGAGCGCGAGAGGGAGGGUCUUGAAUAUCAAAGGCAGCAAUUGAUUCAAGAACGACAGCAAUUCCAUUUGGAGCAGUUGAAGGCUGCCGAGUUCCGUGCGAGGCAUCAAGCACAUCAAAGGCUGCAAGCGGAAAGUGGCGGGGUGGCGGCAGCCGUCGGCGCGGCGGGUACAGCGGGUGCGGGAGGCGCGGCGGGCGCGGCGGGCGCGGGGGGCGCGGGGGGCGCGGGGGAGGCGGCGGCCGGCGAGGUGGGCGCGCCGCACGCGCCGCACGCGCCGCCCGCCGCUCCCCCGCACCACGUCUAA